ACUGCACUAAAGGACAGUAAAGCUGACGAGCACGGUCGCAUUCUCUCAAGGGCACGCGUCGAAACGCAUGCACAUCUGUUGCGAACACGGGAAUUCUGCAGUAAGACUUGCUCGCACCCUCGAUAGCAGACGAUGUUUCUGAGGACGCCAGCAAUGAGGUAUUGACAUUCUCGUGGCGCCAGGCUACGAUAGAAAGUGUAGAUGAAGUUUGCAUUGAAGUUUUGAAAAAUAAAGUUCACUGAAUCAAUUCUGGUACAACAAACUUUCCCAGGACAAUAUGGUUGGACGGAAGACAUAUAUUGGACUCCUUAUACUCAUCCACCUUGGUGUGCUGUCUGCAGAAGUCAGUUACGACGUCUCAUGCUCCAGUAGAAUGAUGAAAGUGGCUGUUACAUUAAAUGAUUCCGAUCCAGUGGUUUACCUUGACAAGCUAAAAGGAUAUCCGGAAUGCCAGGCGGAUAUCAACGAUGGACGAGCAACGUUUCGCCUUCCGUUAGACAACAUCUACGCUUGUGGUACAAUCAGAGUCCUUAAUAAAAUAACGGGAGAAAAGAUCUUCUACCACAGAAUUAUUGUUGAGCACCCCGUGGAGCCUAAAGAAAUGAUUUUGGUAAAGUGCGCCAUUCCUGGUGAACCUCAUCAAGGCAUGUUUCAGAACAGGACCAGGAGAAAUGUCUUACCUGAAAAUUUCUCUGAACCUGAACAUAUUAAUAUCACUGAAUACAUCGUUGCCAGAGCACCCGUUCCAUUUCUUAAUCUGGCUCUCAGGCAAAAAGGACGGAUGUUAGACACGACAAUAAACGUGGAGCCGGGGACGCCCCUGGAAAUGCUGAUAUAUCUGGAUGAGAAAAGUUCCGACAUUUAUGGAGUUCUUGCAAGCUAUUUGAAAGUCACUGAUAGUGCACAUAAACAGGAGGAGGUGAUUAUUAUGAACGGAUGCUCCAUUGAUUCUUACAUUUUCGGUAACUUCUACACAUCAGAUAAUGGGAACACGCUGUCGGCCCAGUUCAGAGCCUUCAAGUUUCCUCACUCGAGUUAUGUCUUGUUUGUUGGCACCGUCAAUGUUUGUCUUAAGAAAUGUCAAGGGGUUCUUUGUGGGAACGAUCAGUACGGUUUUGGUAGAAAGAAAAGGGAAAUUCCUGAUGAACUACCUUCAGAUCCAAACAAGAUGUUCGAAGUAGAAAUGACAGCUUUUUUAAAGGUGGAUUACGAUAAAAAUCAUUUCUCUGGAAAUAAUGGACAACUAUCAAGUUCGUUUGAUAAAGAAGAGAAUCAGAUUUCGGAUAAACCAGAAACCAACCAACUUCCCUACGUUCAAGGCGUAGGUUCAGGUUCAACUAAGAUAUCAUCUUUAUCUGCUGUCAUGAUUCUUGUUACAACAGUUAUUUCUCUGACACAAUAACGGUGUUGUAACGUUGGCAUAUACCGUCUUUGGAUUUUUUUUUCUCAUAUGUGUUGCACAUUACCUUGAUCACAAGACUCUUAUUUUUCAGCAGAAAUGAGUCAUGGUGGUGUUCAACUAAAAUAAUUUGCUGAGGAUGGUGCUAAGGAAUUCUGCCGCUGUAUGGUUUCUUUCGUCUUCCUUAAGGGUCUAAUUACCUCUGUGAAAGGUUUUACAGUUUGUCGCUAUCAACAAGAAAACAGAGAUUCGGAGCUUGUAUCAAAUAAUGGCAACUUGUCUAGAUGGUAUACUCUUCUAGUGGGUGAUUUCAUCUCUUACGUUGGUAUAAAAACUGUAUAGUCAUAUUCAAGUGUUAUCAGAUUCAUCAAUUAAGGCUUCACAAAACCCAAUUUUACAAGAUAUGCUUAUAAAAACUGGAAUCUUGAAAUUAUGAAUUAAACAGGAAACGUUUGAGAUAUUCUGCAAUUGAUGUCCUCUGUGACACUGGUAUGACUUUCUUACGUAAGUUGAUUUUUUCCAAUCGUAUCUCUGUCUAAUCUAAAAUAAAGUACGUAUCAUGGAGCUGUUUACUAAGUUUUUUCGACGUUUAUAUCACUCGAUAACAUAACUCAAAAGUUUCAGCAAAGAACUGUAACACUUUGAAAAUGUUUACUGACCUAAAAGCGUUACGUUAUCUUUAGUAUUAUGUUCAAGGUUUAGAAGAACAGUAAAUUGUUGUAAAAACCAGAAAAUAAUGCAAAUACUUUACAAAUAUAGAAUUGCUAUAAAUAAAGUUAAAAAUCUUCUCCAAACAAAUACGACAUUCUAGUGAAUAUAAUUAUUUUCUUUUCGCUCUUAUCUCCCUUCUUUCAGAUAACAUUAAAAUAUUAAUGUUCCAAACAGAACUUGAACUGAUAGUUGUUUCCAUGCUAGAUUUAAUAUUUGUAUUGACUAAAAAAUACAUUUAUCAUAAUAAUUUGUCUUGUUAACGACGGCAAAUUACACUUCUUAACUUCGCAAAUUUGACUUGUUAACCAUGAAAUAAGUACGUUAAAUUACACUAUUUUAAUACUUUUCGAAGUUCUUACGAUUUGUCCAAUUUAGUUAGAAUAAAACUGAACUGAAGUUUAUGCGCGAGAUGAAAAUAAAAAGAGGAGGUUUCAUAAUUUCAAUUAUUGCUGAAUUUAGAAAAAUACAUUAUUUGUACUACAGAAGAAUGUUAAUGCACGAUUUUAGGCUGAAACUGAAUAAUUGAAGGAAUUAUUUCUAGAUUAGAGGUUAUCCAUAUCUGUUAUUUUUUAGAACUUAAGUAAGUAACCAGAAAGUUGAUGAGGUGGAUUUUUCGUAAAGGUAAAAUUCGAAGAGCUGUAUGUGGUCUGAAUAUAUAUUGUUAUUGACUUUUUAAGAAGCCCGCAUAACACUAUCAUAUAGUAUUACACUCAACAAAUCUUGCUUGUGAUAUAUGAUAGCCACAGAAAGUAUCAUCAGAUAGCAAUUGUGUAAUUUUUAUUGGUACUUUAAAAAAAUCAGUUACACUUUCAACUGUAUCAUAUAUAUAUAUAUAAACAUUUA